AUGUUUGGCGGCAAGGGUGCCAAGUCUAUCACCCCUCGAGCACCAUUGCCUCCAUCGUAUAAAACCGCCGCGUCGCCCAAACCGAAUGAUGCCCCAUACAACGAAUCUGCAAUCCUGAAUUCGCCAAAUGCUCCCCCACGAAAGCGCAAACAAGGUCAAGCAUCAAUCACCGAUUCCAAGGCAAUUUGGAAUAGGUUAGAGCAACUUAAGACGAUGCUUAACCGACAAACCCUGCAUGAUGCCCAGACUCCUUCCCUAAUACGAAUGAACCAAGAGUUACGCACCGAGAUAGCUCAACUGCAAGAGCAACAUGCCUCAUUGCAGAAGAAAUACGAGGAGCUGGAUUCAGAAGUGGCUAGCCUGCGACAAGCGCAAGUCAAUGCGGAUGACAGUCAGGACGUAGAAUUGGUCGACAUACGCGAUAAUAUCGCGGAUUUGGAAAACAGGAUGGACUUUGUUGAGCGUGGAAAGGAUGACGAUGAAUUUAUCAUCAGGGUCAAGGACGUAGUAUUGGAGGAGAUGGGAGCCAGGAUCAAGGGUCACUGA